AUGAAUGGCCUCCGCAUCCCCGAUGUCAGCGACACCGUCCUGCAGGAUUGCCUCCGGCAGGUGGGAUUCCUGCCGGAGGGACUCCUGCAGGAGUGCCUCAUGCAGAAGGGACUCCUGCAGGACCUGCACCAGGCCCGGCAGGAGGCCUGGGGCCAAAUGGCCGAGGGGUCCGCCGGGAGGCCCCGAGAGGUGGUCUGCGACGUCUGUAUUGGGCCCGGGGCCCGCAGGGCCCUGAAGUCGUGCCUGGUGUGUCUGGUGUCGUACUGCCGGGCCCACCUCGAGGGCCACGACAGUAGAAACCGCCUGAGGGGCCACAAGAUGGUGCCGCCUGUGGAGAACCUGGACGACAGGGCCUGCCCGAAGCACGGGCGGCCCCUGGAGCUCUACUGCCGCGACAGCGGCCGCUGCAUCUGCGUCCUCUGUGUGGAGGAGGGGCAGGAGGUUGUUCCCGUGGAGACGGAGUGGGAGGAGAAAAGGAGCCAGCUGAACUACCUCGAGGUAGAGUUUCAGGGGAGGAUUGCGAGACGGGAAAACAAGCUGAAGGAAAUCCGUUCCUCGAUCAAGGUUUCCCAGGAUCACUUACGCAGCGAGAGUACGGAUAUAGACGGCUUUCUGUCAUCUCUAAUUUCCUACGUGGAGAAUGCCAAAAGACAUGCUCUCCUGCCCAUGGACGAGAGGAGUCAGGCGGUGGAGAGGCAGGCCAAGGAAAUGACGGAGCAGCUCAACAACGAGAUAGGGGAACUGAAGAGGAACAUCUCGGACCUGAGGCGCAUUUCUGACAUAGAGGAUCAUAUUGACUUCCUACAGAAUUUUCCAUCCACCCAGGACCUAGAUGAGGAGAACAACCUAACAGAGACAGCACUCGAUGCCUCCACCUCCUUCGGCACCUUCCGAAGUAUCAUAAAAAACCUGAUGGAUGAAAUUCUCGACAAACUGGAGUUAUUGACUCCAAUCGAACUGCAGAGGAUCGUGAAGUUUGCAGUGGACGUGAAGCUAGACCCCAGCACCGCUCACCCACGCUUAAUCAUAUCUGCUGACGGCAAGGAGGUACAAGAUGGCGGCGGGCUUCAGGUAGUACCCAUGGGUUCUCAAAGGUUCGACUUGUACUCAUCCGUCCUCGGCCGGAACCGACUGACAUCCGGCAAGGCCUACUGGCAGGUUGAGGUCGGCGACAAGUUGGGUUGGGAUCUAGGCGUAACGACGGUGAACUCUCAACGGAAAGGCAAGCUUGUGUUCGAGCCCGACACCAACUACUGGGUGCUAACACAUUACGAUGGUGAGGGCUACGUGGCAAUGACGGCCCCGCCCAAAAAGCUGGCCCUCAUAGCCAAGCCCAAGAUGGUAGGCGUCUUCCUGGAUUACGAGGAGGGCCUUGUGUCCUUCUACGACCUGACAUCCUCCUCGCACAUAUUCUCGUUCACGGCGUGCGUAUUCAGUGGCGAGCUCUGCCCCUAUUUCAGUCCCCAUAAUGAGUUGGAGGAAAGCCGGCCUCUGGUCAUCACUGCGGCCAGCUCUGGAAUGAUUACCAUGGUAGUGUAUACCAAAUAUCCUGUGUAAACAUAGAAAAUACACAUGGGGGGGUUUCAAACUGUGUCUCCACCCAUUGGUAGCAGUUGGGGAUUAUUAUGGUGGCGGGACGUUCAUUUUCAAUGCAAAUAUUCAUAUUCAAUGCAAAAUAUAUAAAGAUGAGUUUCAUUAUUAUGUUUGAAGACCGAAACCUGGAACAGUGUGACGAAGAAAAAUCCUGGAACAGUGUAACGAUGAAAAAUAUCCAUAGAGAAAUAACCACCACCUUUGUAAUGGUGAUGGGAAUGCGGUGCUUAUUAUAUUUUUGGGGUUCCGGGUCAUAAGCAGUGGUGGGUAAAGGCAUUUAAUCAUAUUGGAAAUGUUAUUCUACAUCAACCCUUGUGGUCAAGCAAGGUAUAGGUUCUUAAUAGCUUCAUAAUGACUUAAUGUCUUAUUGUUGGGAUAGGGAUUGUAAAACUUUGUUCAAUAUACAUUCCUGAUGCACUUAUUCAGCUAAUGCAGUUUUCUAUGUCUAACGUGCAUCAAAUGUGACUUUGUAUACUUCAUUCGGUAAGUUUAUAGUAAAUCUGUUUUUUGGGAAUUUCCUUAAUAAAAUAAAUAUCAUUGAUUGU